AUGCCAAGACCCGCAGACGUGCCUAUUCCUGACUCCCCGCAGUAUCCGUAUCCCAUCAUAACCGAUUAUUGUGAGAUCGUGUGUGGAUUUGGGCGCGGUUCUUCUGAGUUGGGAAUACCCACUGCCAAUGUACAGUUCAAUGAAUUACCGGAUGCCAUUGAGAAUUUGCCCCUAGGAGUGUUUUUUGGCUUUGCGCAACUUGCAGAAUCUGGGCCGGGAGAUGUCAAGAAUUGCCAAAGACCCGAUGGAACCAGAGUUCACUUCAACUUUGGUCAGAGAUUGGCAGAAUCAGACCUGAAUGUUUUGCCUGUGGUAUUGUCCAUAGGUCUUAAUCCAUUUUAUCACAACAAGGCCAAGACCGUAGAAUUGCAUAUCAUGCAUGAGUUCAAGCAUGAUUUUUACGGCGCUAAAGUAAAGUUCAGCAUCCUGGGCUACAUUAGGCCUGAAUUGGACUACACUACUAGGGAGGCUUUGAUCGAUGAUAUACACACAGACAUCGAUAUUGCAAAAAGUGUGCUAUCGAAACCUCAAUAUGCUAAACACAGCUCUUUUUGA